AUGGCUGCGAAACCUGCAAGAAUUCUAUUGUCACGUAAGAUUCUUCAGCCAUUGAUACGCAUUCGGCUAAGCGUUUUGAGACAGAACGAGCUCACACGUGGUGGAACAACUGGGGAUGGGCUACAUGCAGUCGUACGUGUCGCAGCGAUGGGAGAAGAAGGGAAGAGGCAUCUAGAAAUCUUGCGCAAGCUGGCGCGUGGAACGAGAAGUCUGUUCAUGGACAAUCACGUUGUGCCACUUUGGCAAGAGGUUCAAUUCGAGGACAUUGUCUUCACCGUCUCGCCAUUCGUAGCCCAUUCCAUGGCUGAGUGUUAUGGACAGUGGGCAAAAAACUCCGUCGGGGACAUAAUUGAUAUGAUUCUACAGGCACUGGAGGCGAUUGUUUUCGUCCACGACCUCGGAAUAGUGCAUAGAGAUCUGUGUAAAGCAAACUACGUCGUCCAAUGGCAUCCGGAAUCCUUGAAGUCCAUGCGGGUGCCAUUAAACCGACCGCGCGUAUUCCUCACAGAUUUCGAGACGGCCUACGAAUUUCACCCUGACGUCCCUUCGGAACAACGCCUGUUAUCCGGUCUCCCUAUCAAGGAUUACCGACGUCCCGUACCGCCAGAGAUGGCUUGUGGGGCGUUGUACGACCCAUUCAAGGCUGAUGUGUGGCAGCUUGCAGAGAGUUUUGCGGAUUUCAGGGCGACGAUCCCUGACAUCGAUGCAGUCCUUGAGCAGAUGCUUGAACCGAACGUCGCUCUGAGACUGUCUGCUGUGGAAGCUCGUGAUAAACUAGCUGCGGUGGUUCAUAACAUUCCCCCGGUCUCUCUCCUGAUUUCCCCCGUACUGUUAAAACGAGCUCCCUUCGGACGGUGA